AAAAGGGUAAAACUUGAUCGUGAUGAGCUUAAGGUAUCAUCUACACCUACUCAACCGUUUAAUUCUUCAAAAUCAUCAAAACAAUCGAUCAUGAAUUCUAUGGAAUCAUCACGAGAUGAGGUAAAUCAAACCAUGGAUGGAGAUGAUACUUCAAUGUACGAUGAAACUUUUUAUUCCGCAGAAGAAGAUAAUGAAUGCACUGAAAAACCUUCAUCUAUUCGAUUAACUCCUUUAAAAAAGUCCAUAGAUUCUGUUACACCAAAUACUAGAUGGUAUUUUCCAUAUGUUGGAACAAAGACAUCACCACCUGGAUUAUGUCCCUUUAGAAAAAGAAAGGUAAGAGUUGAAGACUCGGAUGAUGAUGACAGCUUGGAAAGAAAUAA